CGCUCCGCUCCCUCUCGCGCGCCGCUCGGCUCCUUCACAGGGUGACACGUCUGCGGUGAGUGAGUGGCGUUGGCAGCCUGUCAAUCCCUCACCGGAGCGGCCAUCAAACAACAUAAAACACGCGCGGGCACCGGGCGCGGGGCUCAUAAAUUCCGGCGGGCCGAUAUUUUUGCACAUUGCUUUGCAGAGAGUGUAUUUUUGGACAAGUGGGGAAAGACAUAAAAAGCGACAAUAAAAAUAAAAAGGGGGAAAAAAAAAAAGCUUUGGAGGAAGAUUGUACCAGGAAAACCUCACAGAAACCUGCUCAGCUCAUUUAUCCGAGGCACCAAUAUGAUGAUGAUGAAAGAAGAUUGUAACUAAAGAAGAGAGUGAUUUACUGCCCUGGGAAGGAGAAGAGAGUGGAAUAAACAGCUGAGAUCCGGUCAAAACACAAAUACUACUUUUUUUUUAUUAUUGUUUUGUUUGGCUUUUUUUUUUUUCUCCCCCUUUUUUUUGUGGUGUGUGUGCAGAGCGCGGUCGGGAGCGCGGCACUGGGACUGAGCGGGGCAGGCGCUGCCGUGACCGCCCGGAGCGCGGCCCGGCCCGGAGCCAUGGACGAUCAGUCCAGGAUGCUGCAGACUCUGGCCGGCGUGAACCUGGCCGGGCACUCGGUGCAGGGGGGCAUGGCCCUGCCGCCUCCCCACGGACACGAAGGGGCCGACGGCGACGGCAGGAAGCAGGACAUCGGCGACAUCCUCCAUCAGAUCAUGACCAUCACUGACCAAAGCCUGGAUGAGGCACAAGCAAAGAAACACGCCCUGAACUGCCACAGGAUGAAACCCGCCCUGUUCAGCGUCCUCUGCGAGAUCAAGGAGAAAACAGGUACGGGCCGCCCGCGCCGCCGCCGCCGCAGCCAUCUUAGCGCCGCC